AUGAAUAUCCAAACUCUGAGAAGUCAAAGUGGGUCAAAAGCAUCGACAUCCAUAGAGAAAUCUUCCAUCAACGAUGGCGUCCCGCUUUCCGUUGGAAUUUCUGGCUAUAAAGGACCCAACUCAGGACUUGCUUCUCCCAGAAGCCCCCAACACCAUCUUCCAACAAUGGCUUCCCGAUCCCUCACCUUCGUCUUCCUUCUCCUCUCCUUCUCUGCUCUUCUCAUUUCCGUCUUCGCCGAACACAACUUCGUCCGCCCGCUCGAUCGGAAGGUCCUCGGUCUCAAGAAAGAAAAGCUCAGCCACUUCCGAUUCUACUGGCACGACAUCCUUAGUGGCCGGAAUCCCUCCUCCGUCGCCGUCGUUCAGCCGCCGAUCAACUCCACCACGGCCUUCGGACUGGUGAACAUGAUCGAUAACCCCCUGACACUGGGUCCGGAAUUGAGCUCCAAAACGGUGGGAAGAGCUCAAGGGUUUUACGCGUCGGCGUCGCAGAGCGAAAUAGGGCUUCUAAUGGCGAUGAAUUUCGCGUUCGUGGAAGGGAAGUACAACGGAAGCACCAUCACGGUGCUGGGGAGGAAUUCGGUGUUCAAUAAGGUGAGGGAGAUGCCGGUGAUCGGAGGCAGUGGCCUUUUCCGAUUUGCCAGGGGAUACGUGGAAGCUCGAACGCACUGGUGGUCUCCCACUUCAGGGGACGCCACUGUCGAGUAUAAUGUUUACGUUAUGCAUUAUUGAUUCUUCUUCUUCUUCUUCUUCUUCUUCUUCUUCGAAUUCAAUAUCAGACUUUCUUUUGUUCUUUUUUGGUGUUAAUGUUGUAGACUUGUAGUCAUAUUUCGGAUGUGAGAUAUGGUUUGUUAGGCUUUUGCUUUAAUUGUUAUUUUCUGAGGCAUAAUGUGGGGGUUAGUCUGUCUCCCUCCAAUUAGAACGAUGAUAAUCGUGAUAAUAAUUUAUACCCUUCUUCUCGCUGCGUGA